AUGUCUACCGUCCUUGGUAAACAGGAUCGACGGAAAAGCUUGGAUCGAGCCCAGCCCCGCCAGCUCAAUACAUGCUGCCGUCAUCUUACGUCGUUCCUCCAAAGCUUCUCGCCGUGUGCCACUCCUCAGGCCGGCACGCAGUCACUCGCUUGA